CGAUAUUUUCAUCAUCCAUUAUCGUACCCGGCCAUUCCCUAUUUCUAGUCGGUAUUUGAAGAAAAGGGGAAAAAUCUGGCAUGCUUGUAUUUCUGAGGUCACAAGAAAAAGAAAUACUUUAAGAGCCUUGUUAAGUGUGCCGAUAUACAUUUUUCACCAUUCGGUGUAAAAAAAAUACAUAAAUUAUGGCUUCAAUAUCAUUCGUGAAAAGUUUGGUUAAUCCAGCUUUAAAAUUAGUAUUAAAACAGAGCCACUGCUCUCACAUCAGGAACACAACUCUUCUACCUGGAUUGACCCCAUUAAGCAUUGUACUGCAAAGACAUUAUGCAGAGAAACAAGUAUUUGAAAGAACAAAACCUCAUUGCAAUGUUGGCACAAUUGGGCAUGUUGACCAUGGAAAGACAACACUUACAGCCGCCAUUACCAAAGUAUUAUCAGACCUUAACUUAGCUCAAAAGAAGGGCUAUGCAGAUAUUGACAAUGCUCCAGAAGAAAAAGCUCGUGGUAUCACCAUUAAUGUAGCCCAUGUUGAAUAUCAGACAGAGCAAAGGCAUUAUGGACACACGGACUGCCCUGGUCAUGCUGAUUAUAUUAAGAACAUGAUCACAGGCACAGCUCAGAUGGACGGUGCCAUACUGGUAGUAGCAGCCACAGAUGGUGUUAUGCCUCAAACGCGUGAGCAUUUGGUGCUUGCGAAGCAGAUUGGUAUUGAGCAUGUUGUAGUGUUCAUCAACAAGGUGGAUGCUGCAGACCAGGAGAUGGUUGAGCUUGUUGAGAUGGAAAUUCGUGAGCUCAUGAGCGAAAUGGGCUAUGAUGGUGAUAAAAUACCUGUGAUUAAAGGGUCAGCUCUGUGUGCUCUGGAAGGCAAGAGUCCUGAAAUAGGCGCCGACGCUAUCACUAAACUAUUGCAGGAAGUGGACACGUUCAUUCCCACUCCAGUUCGUGAAUUGGACAAACCAUUCCUCAUGCCUGUUGAGUCCGUACACUCCAUUCCCGGCCGUGGUACUGUCAUCACUGGCCGUUUGUACAGAGGUGUUCUCAAGAAGGGUACUGAGUGUGAAAUUGUUGGACACGGUAAAGUAAUGAAGACGACUGUUACUGGUGUUGAGAUGUUCCACAAAACUCUGGAGGAAGCGCAGGCUGGAGACCAGCUAGGCGCCUUGGUUCGCUCCAUUAAAAGGGAACAGAUCAGGCGCGGUAUGGUCAUGGCUAAACCUGGUACUACUAAGGCACAUGACAAUCUUGAAGCUGCGGUUUACAUCCUGAGCAAGGAGGAGGGUGGCAGAGCCAAACCUUUCACAUCUUACAUCCAACUGCAAAUGUUCUCUAUGACAUGGGACUGUGCCAGUCAGGUCACAAUUCCAGACAAGGAGAUGAUUAUGCCCGGUGAAGAUGCUACAUUGCAUUUACGACUGCUCAAACCCAUGGUGUGCAUGACUGGACAAAGAUUUACACUGCGACUCGGUGACAUAACCCUCGGCACUGGAGUGAUCACAAAGAUAAACAACAAUCUUUCUGAAGAAGAAAGACUCAAGCUCUUGGAAGGAAAGAAGGCACGAGAAAAGGCGGCUGCUAAGAAGUGAACACUUUAGAAUUAUGUUUAUUUAGGAAUGUAGGCCCAUUAAUGUAUUGCAUUUAAAAUGUUAAAUCUGGCAAUUAAAUAAACUGCCCAAAAUGA